AUCAUUCGAGUUCAAUAUUCGCUUUCAUAUCUUGUUCAAUACAAAAACCAAAUUAUCAAAAUGGCACCAAAGAAAGGAGGCAAGAAGGGAGCAAAGAAAGAACAAAAAGCCAACUCCAAUGUAUUCUCUAUGUUCGACCAAAAUCAAAUCCAAGAAUUCAAAGAAGCUUUCUCUAUGAUUGAUGCCAACCGUGAUGGUUUCAUUGACAAGAUCGACCUCAAGGAUACUUAUUCUGCUCUCGGUGUACGAGACAUCAAGAUGGAAAAGUUGGAAGCAAUGAUAUUGGAAGCACCAAGUGCAAUUAACUUUACCGUUUUUUUGAACAUGCUUGCCGAUAAACUUCAAGGUACUGAUCCAGAAGAUACUCUUGUACAAGCUUUCAAGAUUCUCGAUCCAGAGAAUACCGGAGUCAUCAACAAAGAUGUCUUCACAGAAAUGUUCAUGACACAAGGAAAAAGGUUUACAAAAGAAGAAAUUGACCAAGUUCUUGAAAUUGCACCGGUAGAUGUCGCUGGUAAUCUCGAUUACAAAGCACUUUGUUACGUCAUAACUCACGGACAAGAAGAAGAAUAGAAACGCCCGACUUAUUAUAUUUUAAAUAUGGCCAAAUAUCAACUGACAAAACUUUCGACCCAUCAACAUCUCAAUUCUUGCAGUUAAUUCAAUUUCAGGCGAAAUUUAUUAUAAUCAAUAUUGUUCACUUUCUUUUUUAAUGAAAUAAACGGUAAAAUGGAACUGAG